AUGCCAGCGAAUUUGGAUCGGUUCACAUGCGACAUUGGCUUCCCUGUGGGCUGCAUUGGCGUGACCUCCUCAAACGAGGUUGUGCUGGGCGGUGGCGGCGGCCCUGGCGGGUCGGGCGUCAAGAACAAGCUCUCUGUCUACAAGGUGGACAAGGAGAGGCAGGAUCUGGAUGAAGUAAGCACGAUCACCCUGAGCAGCAAUGAGGACGCGCCUACGUGUCUAGCAGUGCACCCAAAGGAGAAGACCAUCGUCAGCAGCGUGAAUGUCGAUAAGGAGCGGAUAGAGAAGGGCGAGAAUGCGAAUUGCCGCGUGUUCAAGCUAGCCAAAAAGGGCAUUCAGGCAGGCAAGGCAGCAAAGACGAUGCUGAGCACUGACGACAUGGACUACCAGAAGACCAUUGCGAUUGAGCCGCACGGCAGACUGGUAGCCAACGGCUCAUCGGACGGCACACUGGCGGUUGUCGAGUACCCGUCGCUGAAGCCCGCGUUCCCGUUUGUCGAGGCGUCGGGCGAAAUCAACGACGUGGACUUCAAUGCGUCAGGCAAAUGGCUGGUGGUGGCAACGGACCAUGAGUUGAAGGUUCUGGCGUCCAAGGACGGCAGCUCGGUGCAGAACAUCGACAAGCCGCACACAACGUCUGGCGAGCAGGCAGUGUUCCGGUCGAGUCGCUUCGGCCGUGCCAAGGAGCAGCUGAUGGGGUUCAAGGCGCAGCAGAAGACGCCGGUGAUGCUGAAGGACGUUUUGUACACGGUACUGAAUACGCGGUCGCGCAAGCAGGCGUAUAUUGCCAUGUGGAAUACCCAGACCUGGCAGCGCAUCACGACACGCCCGGUCUGCCGGUCUGCGAUCACGACCUUUGCAGUGAGCAACAAGGGCAGGCUGCUGGCAUUUGCGACAGCUUCGCUGCAGAUUGGCAUCUGCGAUGCCCACACGCUGCGUGUGCUGGUGCGGAUCCCGGCUGCUCACAGCUUUGCCAUUACCUGCGCUGGCGUUUGA